AUGGCGUCCUCUUCAAAACAAAAAAUCGCGUUCAAGAAAGCGCGAACGGUCGGCCCGCUGUAUACCGGUGGACCCGUAGCACUCUCGCAGGACGGUCGCUGGCUCGUCACUACUUUGUCUGACGAGGCCAUCCUCACAGACUUGAACGACGACACGCAAAUAUGUCGCUUUGCUGGUGACACUUCGACCAUCCACUCCUUCUGCCUGACGCCUGAUAGUCGGACACUCUGUGUAUUCUCUGGCUCGAACGCCCUGAGGAUAUACGACCUUCCUACGACUGCGACGACUUCUCUAGUGCAUCCAACGCGUGUCAUUGCCAAAGCUCACGACGCUCCCGUACAUGUCUGCCGCACAGACCCUACAGGAACUUACCUCGCAGCCGGCGGCGCGGAUGGAACUGUCAAGAUUCUUGAUAUUACACGCGGACAUGCAACACACGUAUUACGCGGGCAUGGUGGCGUCGUCAGCGCGCUGACAUUCAGCUACCCUCCAGCCGUCGGACUCGGUGAGCGCGUCAUGCGCUUGGUCACUGCGAGCGUGGAUACGCGGGUGAGGGUGUGGGACCUUGCCAAAGGCGCUGUACUCGCCAAAUCAGGGAAGGCGGCAAAACCCGAAGCAAUACUGGAGGGUCAUGUCAGUGUACCGAGAGGGCUGGAUGUUUCACCGGACGGGAGGUGGUUGAUCAGCGGUGGACGGGAUGGCGUGGCGUUGCUGUGGGAUCUUGAGGGAGGGAAGAAGGGUAAAGGGAAGGGUAAAGAGGGAGAUGGGUUGUCUCCAGUGCUAGUCAACACGCUAACUGCCCUCGAACGAGUGGAGGCGGUGGGAAUGCUCGCGGAGGGACAGGAGGUUGCCGGAGUAGAAGCUGGGGUCGGCAAGCUACGGGUGUAUACUGCCGGGGAGAAGGGCGUGGUCAGAGUAUGGGAUGCGAAGAAGGGAUCAGUACUCUGCACUCUUGGCGACGAGCAGGAACCAGCUGGUGAAGGUCAGGAAGAGCAGCAACAGAUUCUCGACGCGAUAUAUGUGCCAUCAACAUCGACGAUCCUCACGAUACACGCCGACCAGAACCUGCUGUUUUACUCUCUUUCGUCGGGCACAUUAUCACGCCAACUGGUCGGUUUCAACGACGAGAUCAUCGACGCUGCUUUCCUUUCGCCCAUACACGACCCUACGACACCGCCCACAGAGUACUUCGACGAGACACUCGACACUCAUAUUGCGCUUGCCACCAACUCAUCUCUGAUUCGCGUCUACAAUGCCUCCUCCCUUGAUGCACGUUUGCUCUCAGGACACAAAGACAUUGUUCUCGCUCUUGCGGCCAGCAGCUCCGGUCGGAUACUCGGAAGCGGGGCCAAAGAUCGUACUGCGCGUAUAUGGGCAAGCCGAGCCGGCGCCGAAACGGGUGAAUGGGGUUGCGCGGCGGUGUGCGAAGGACAUGCGGAGAGCGUCGGUGCUCUUGCCUUCGCGCGGCAAACUACGGGCCAUGACCUCAACUUCGUCGUCACUGGUAGUCAGGACCGGACGAUCAAAAUGUGGGAUCUGUCUGCGCUCAACCUGGCUGAGGGUGUCGAGCAGAACACAGAGCCGGUCAAGCUGAAAAGCCUUGCCACACUCAAAGCGCACGAUAAGGAUAUCAAUGCGCUGGACGUCGCGCCGAAUGAUGCACUUUUGGCGUCCGCGUCGCAGGAUAAGACGGUCAAGGUGUAUGCGCUUACUUUCGUCUCUGGCAAGGAUAGCAAGGGUGCGAGAGGGGAGAUGAAGGUGCUCGGGACAUGUAAAGGGCAUAAGCGCGGCGUGUGGAGUGUACGAUUUGCCAGAGCCGAGCGCGUGCUUGCAUCUGGAGGCGGAGAUCGCACGGUCAGGAUAUGGAGUCUGGACGAUUACUCGUGUCUGCGUGUUCUGGAGGGGCAUGCGAACAGCGUCUUACGCAUCGAGUGGCUCGGUAUCCCACCCUCAGGCGCAGAUGCCCCAGCCCAGAACAAAGGCGGCAGGAUAGCGAGCGCGGGUGCAGAUGGACUGGUCAAACUUUGGGACGCUCGCGGCGAAGAGUGCCUAUCGACACUCGACGGACACGAGGAUAAAGUCUGGGCGCUUGCUUCAACCCGCGAUGGGGGUCAGCUAGUCUCGGGCGGUGCAGAUGGCUUGAUAAACCUCUGGGAAGACUGCACCAAGGAACUUGAGCUCGAGGCCGAGGAGGCUCGGGCCGAGGCAGCGCUCAAGGAGCAGGACUUCGCGAAUUACGUACAGCUGAGGGACUACCGACGCGCGGUCGAACUGGCGCUUGCGCUGGGGCAGCCGGGAAGGCUUCUGGGGUUGUUCAGGGAUGUUUUCGCAGCUGCGCAGGACGAGGAGGGAGAAAAGAGGGAGAAAGCUGUGACGGAGGUCUUGCGAACCCUAGCUUCGGCCGAUGUUGCCAGGUUACUUGGAUACGUGCGGGAUUGGAACACGCGUGCAUCGAGCGCGGCGGUCGCACAGCGCGUCUUGCAUGCACUCGUACGAUUGCGUCCGGCGAACGACAUCAUCGCAGCCUUCGCUCCCAGUGAGCUUGUCGAUCUUGAUGUGCAGGUGAAAGAGGGCGCCGAGGGCGGUGUACGGGCGCUUGUUGAGGCGCUUAUUCCGUAUACCGAACGACAUCUCGCGCGCGCGGAGAGGCUAGUGCAAGAAAGCUACGUGCUGGACUACAUUCUCGGCGAGAUGGAUGGGCUCGGCGGGCUUGAGGGGGAUGACUUUGAGUCACUCGAGGGGGUUCAGGUGCAUGGUGGCGGGCUGGAUGUCCAGGCAAACGGUGAUGAUUGGAUCGGGUUUGGUAGUGGCAGCGACAGCGACAGCGAGAGUAGUAUGGAGGUCGACGCAUAG